UUAUUUUUGAUAAUAAAUUACGCGUUUUAAUUGAGAUAUCCAACCCUAAACCUGAUCCCCGCUUUUCCGCUCUUUCUGUAAUUAUUCAUUGGUCCCUCGAGCCGGAUCAGGCUGGCUCUAUCUCAAUUAAAUUAAUUAAUUAUACCGCUAAAAAUUGUGCUGUGUUAAGUGAAGUGUAAUCCCGCUAGGAAAGGUCGAGUGUCAGGAGCAUCGCAGAGCACAUCGGGUGCUGCUCCUGGUAGUCAUUCGUACACCGGUACGCUGAACUUUCCGCUUUAAUUGACUGAAAACUCGAUCUCGGUCCUACAUUAAACACCGCAAUGCAGUUUGAAACUGCUAUUGCUAUGCAAAAGCAGUACCUGGAUGCUUUGUAUGCCAUGGUGGAUCGCUUAACUAACGAGGAGCUUAACUCGCUUACGAUCACCGCUAUUGAGUCAGUGGCAACACAAAGCUCCAAGAUUUGGCUGGACAUCACUAACUUAAACUCGCUGAUCUUUGAGACGUACCCGGAAGUACUUGAACACGAGUACCACGUCGGGAAUCAUUAUACUAACGCUCACGCCACCUAUGCAAUCUUGGAGACCCGCAUAGCCACCCGCAAAGACGUCAUUCAGCAGGAGAUUGAUGCCAGAGAAGCCGCACAAACGCAACAAAACCUGGCUAUGCACAGCACCGCCUUCUUGGGAGGCUCAUCGGGUACUGGACUCCCAAAAAUUAAGCUCCAGAGCUUCUCUGGAGACUUUAAGCGCUGGGGAUCAUUUAGUCAGCUAUUCUCUGACAUUGUUAUUGACAAUGCUCUUCUUAAAAACAGUCAGAAGAUGCAUUAUUUGAAAACCUUCACAGAAAAGGAAGCCCACCAGCUUAUUGGAAACAUGUCAUCCACUGAUGAUUCAUUUGAGCCCGCUUGGAAUCUCCUGAAGAGCCGCUAUUCGAAUCCUCGCCGCGUAGUGGCAUCACAUCUUGAAGAUCUAUUGGUAGGAGAGUCAGUUCCCGCACGAUCAGCCGCGAAAUUAGACGCCUUGCUUUUAUCCAAUCAAAAAGCUUUGGACUCCAUCAAGGCUCAAGGAGUUCCAGUUGACAACUGGGACUUAAUGAUCAUUCACCUGACGCUGCGCCGCUUGCCACCCGCUGUAAGAGAGGACUGGGAGACUAGUCUUGGGUUAACUGAUAUCAUGCCGACCUAUACGCAACUUCACGAGUUCCUCAAGUCCAAAGUCAGAGCUUGGGAGAACUUGGAGCCAGCUUCUGAGCCCAAGAAGCAACCUGAAAAUCAUAAAUCAGGUGGGUCCCGCAACGACAAACAACCGAAGACAAGAUCUUCAUACACCGCUGCUCAAUACAAGGGAAAGCCCAGGAGAAAUUGCCCGCUGUGCCCGGAGGAGCACUACAUGCUGUUUUGCCCGACAUUCAAGGCCGCUACUGUGGAGGAACGAAUCGACAUUGUCGAGAAAUACCGCUUGUGCUACAAUUGCUUGGGCCCACAUCGUGUAGCUGAUUGUAAGACUGCUCAGGGCUGCAGGAAGUGCAGUCUACGCCAUCACACUUCUAUUCACCGAGAAGUACCGCCUAAAUCAGCUUCACCGCAACAAGUUGACACCGCACAAGAUUCGCUUUCCGCUCAAGUAUUGCUAGCUACCGCUUUAGUCCAGGUCCGCCCACAUCAUGGCAAUCCAAUCACCGCCAGAGUCUUGAUUGAUCAAGGUUCAGAGCUCUCAUUUAUGAGACAGACGCUCUUCAAGAAGCUCGGACAACCGCUACAGCGUGACAUGGUCAUGCUCAAGGGCAUCGGCAAUGUCUCCGCAGGAAGCUCACUAGGUGUGAGCACAAUUGAGCUUCGUUCGCUGUGUACGACCGCAUCAAUGCAUGUCAGCAUGCAUAUUCUACCAACACUGACGGUAGAUCUUCCAUCGUUCGUGAUCGCUGAUCCGAAAUGGCCGCAUCUUGAGAAUCUCAAGCUCGCUGACCCGCAGUAUCUACAGCCACGCCCUGUAGAUAUUAUUCUAGGUGCAUCACCAGCCGCACAGAUCAUGAACGCAGAGAUUCAACGAGGACCUCGCAAUGCUCCUAUUGCACAAUCCACCACGCUUGGUUGGAUCGUCUAUGGGGCUGUCACCGCUAAACACGCUUCAACAUCACACGCAGCACUACAUGCGUCAGUAGAUACUGAAUUACAAGACGCUAUCGCUAAGUUUUGGGAACAGGAAGAAGUUCCAUCAGGAAGUUCACCGCUCAACACCGCUGAAGAAGACGAAUGUGAAAUUCACUUUCGUCAAACGCAUUAUCGACAGCCUGAUGGACGCUACGUAGUGAGAUUACCGCUUAAGGCCCUUGAGAGUCAACUUGGCGACUCUAUCAACGCAGCUAUGGGGUCACUCCGCAGAUUAAUAACUCGCUUGUCGCGAGAAAGAGAAUAUUCUGACAUGUAUCGUGCAUUCAUGGCAGAAUACAUUCAGCUAGGACACAUGGUACGAAUACCAGUCAACGAAUUGCCCGCAAACGCUUACUUCUUGCCUCACCAUGGGGUAUUGAAGCUUGAUAGUACCACUACGAAGCUCCGCACAGUGUUCAAUGGUUCCUGUGCAACAUCUACAGGAAUUUCAUUGAACGACAUUCUCCACGCAGGACCCAAAACGCAAAUUGACAUUUUUGAUGUGAUGUUGAGAAUCCGUUGCAGCAGGAUUCUAUUCGCUACUGACAUCACCAAGAUGUUCAGACAGAUUGAGGUCGACUCGCUUGAUUGGCCGCUUCAGUGCAUUCUCUGGAUAGAUGAGAAUGACUUAAUAGACGCUUACUGUCUCAAGACAGUCACAUACGGAACCGCUAGUGCACCUUUUGACGCUGUACGUGUGCUUAUCCAACUAGUAAAGGAUGAAGGACACCGCUUUCCGCUAGCUGUUGCUCCAAUGUUGAAAACACGCUACGUAGAUGACAUCUACGGUGGAGCAGACAACGAAGAAGACGCUAUCAAGGCUGCAGUACAAACAAAAGCUCUGUGUGCAGCAGGCUGCUUCCCGCUUGCCAAAUGGGCUAGCAAUAGCCCACGGUUACUCGCUGAAGUCGCUCCAGAAAAGCAGCUGGAUACACCGCUUAAAGAAAUCAGUGAUGCACCAGUAAAAAUCCUGGGCAUGUACUGGAAUUCACGCACUGACGCUCUCCAGUUCAAGUACACGCUACCGCCAGAUACGCCUAAGACAAAGAGAGCUAUUUUGUCUGAAAUCGCUAAACUGUAUGAUCCGCUAGGACUUCUCGCACCAAUAGUCGUCAAAGCCAAGAUCUUUAUGCAAGAUCUGUGGCUAGAUAGAGUGUCAUGGGAUGAACAAUUGUCACCAUCACUCAUUCACAAAUGGACUGGAUACCGCGAGGAUCUUCGAAACAUCGAAUCCAUCCGCAUUCCACGCUGGAAUAAUAUAGCACCUGGAGCAACUAUGGAAUUGCACGGGUUCUCAGACGCUUCGCAAAACGCUAUGGCUGCCGCUGUUUAUUUGAGAGUCACUGACGCUGAUGGGAACACAAAGGUCUCACUUUUGUGUUCAAAAACGCAAGUAGCACCGCUGAAGACCAUGACAAUCCCACGCUUGGAAUUAUCUGCCGCAUGGUUGCUAACACAACUGAUACUUCAUGUUAAAGAAGUUCAGUCGCUUGAAAAUGUCAGGAUCAAUCUCUGGACUGACUCCGCCGUGACUCUCGCAUGGAUUAAAAGUCCAGCAACCCGCUGGAAGACAUUCGUCCGCAAUAGAGUGGGAAAAAUCCAAGAAACGCUUCGAGAUGUCUCCUGGAAAUUUAUUCCAGGAAAACAAAACCCAGCUGACUGCGCUUCAAGAGGUAUACCUACGCUAAAACUAAAGCAACACGCUCUCUGGUGGCAUGGACCUACGUGGCUUCAUGAACCAGAAUCCUCUUGGCCCACUCUUGAGCCUCCAACCGACAACGCAACGCAUCGAGAAGAACGCCAAGGUCUGACAUUAGUAACUUGGAAAGCAGAAAAUUGCCUUCUCCAACAAUUACUAUCGCAUUACUCGCAGCUGUUUCCAUUACUUAGGAAGCUCAGCAUCUGGCAUCGUGUCAUCGACCGCUUCAAAAGAGUUCCACAAUCUUCGCUGGCCUACCCGCUUACUCCAUCAGACCUGGAGCGCGCUAAAUUGACCUUGAUUAAGUUCACUCAAGGACAAUACUUCGCUAGAGAGAUUCACACGCUACAAGAUGGUGAUGGUCUGCCUAAAAAUAACAGCAUCACUAAGCUGACUCCGUUCAUCGACCAUCAGUUGGGCCUGAGAGUCGGUGGCCGCUUGAAAAACGCAUUGCUGGACCCAGAAGAGAGGCAUCCAGCGAUUCUACCGCGACAAUCACCGCUUACAUCAAUUUUGAUUGAUGAUUCGCACCGCAAAACGCUUCACGGAGGUACUCAGCUUACGCUCGCUGACUUACGCAAGACUGUCUGGAUCAUUGGAGGCCGUGUUCCAGUCAGAUCAUUUAUUUUACGCUGCGUUAUCUGCACGAGACACCGUGGAGAACGCGCUCAACAGUUGAUGGGUCAACUACCCGCCGCACGAGUACAGCCAACUCGAGCCUUCUUGCAUACAGGACUCGACUACGCUGGACCUAUCACGCUGAAAACGUUUCAAGGACGUGGAGCAAAAACAUACAAAGGCUGGAUUGCUGUCUUUGUAUGCAUGUUCAGCUCAGCUGUUCAUCUAGAGCUAGUCACUGACUACACCGCUGCCGCUUUCAUCGCCGCUUAUCGCCGCUUCACUAGUCGCCGAGGUAUCUGCCACACGCUAUAUUCUGACUGUGGAACCAAUUUCGUAGGAGCAGAAAAAGAGCUGAAACGACUAUUCGCAGCAGGAUCCCGCACAUUACGAGAAUUAUCAAGUCUGAUCGCGCAAGAUGGCACGAACUGGAAAUUCAAUCCGCCUGGAGCUCCACAUUUUGGAGGAAAAUGGGAAGCCGCUGUGAAAUCUAUUAAAUUUCACCUCCGAAGAACAAUCGGAGACUCGCUAUUGACGCUUGAGCAGUAUUCGACGCUACUGGCUCAAAUUGAAGCCAUAUUGAAUUCCAGACCGCUUACACCGCUUAAUGAAGAUCCUGCUGACCUGGCUGUAUUAACUCCAGGUCAUUUCUUAAUCGGACAGUCAUUGACCGCAGUCCCAGAGCCAUCGCUGACAGAUUUACAACCUGCUCGGCUCUCGCACUGGGAACAAGUCCAGCAAAUGGUUCAACAUUUCUGGAAACGCUACUACCAGGACUGCAUCCACCGCUACCAGGCCAUUUCAAAGUGGCAUCAUCGACGCAACCAGAUCAAGGUGGGUUCAGUAGUACUGAUCACCACUGAGGAUCUCCCGCCAACCAAGUGGCCAUUAGCCAAAGUAAUUGCUGUCCAUCCAGGUGAAGAUGGACAAAUCCGCGUAGUAACUGUUAAGACAGUUAACACAGAGCUGGUACGUCCAAUUACAAAGCUCUGUGUCCUGCCGCUAACGCAUGAAGAAGAUGAUCUUGUCGACGCAGCCGCCAACCCGGGGGAGAAUGUUCGGUGA